UUCACCCUUUGGUUCUCAAUGACACCAUGGGGCUGGAAUGCAACAGCAACAGACACAGAAAAGUCUAUGUCAAAGAUAUCAAACAGGCGAUGAAGGGACAUGUGAAAGACGGAUACACGUUCAAUCCUGAACGUAAGAUAUCAAAGGAGGAUCAAUACUACAACCCAGCCCCAACUGCCAAUGACAAAGUGCACGUUCUGGUUUGUGUCGUUGAUGCCAGCGCUGUAUCUCAGAUGAGUCCUAAAGCUAUAGAGACACUGCAGGACAUCAGAGAGGAGGCCUCUGACUUGAAUAUUCCUCAAAUGGCCAUUCUCACCAAAAUUGACUUAAUUUGUCCGGAGAUUAAAAAUGAUGUAAAGAAUGUCUACAGGAGCAAGAUACUAAAGAAAAAGAUGGAGGAGUUCAGUGCAGCGGUGGGUUAUCCCAUGAACAGCAUCUUCCCUGUGAAGAACUACCAUGAAGAAAUCAACUUCAACAAUGACAUUGACUCACUGAUCCUGAGCGCCGUGAGAGACCUCAUCAACUUGGGUCAGUCUGAAUGUUGA